CCAACCUGCUUUGGGCAUACGGUAUUUGACAAAUGUCAAAUUGUAUGCUUUCCAUGUGGAAUAUCUGUUACCGAUUUAUAUAUUUUAAAGAAUGCCACCCAAAGCAAAACCUGGUGCUCCUAGCAAAAAGACAGAGCAGAAAAAGAAAGAAAAAGUUAUUGAGGAUAAAACAUUCGGAUUAAAAAACAAAAAAGGUGCAAAACAGCAAAAGUUCAUCCAACAAGUGGAGAAGCAGGUUAAGUCCGGCGGCCACCAUCCUCUCUCUGAAAACCAAAAGAAACUUGAAAAGGAAAAGAAAUUGAAGGAACAAAAGGAGCUUGCAUCACUCUUCAAGCCUGUUCAGGGCCAAAAAGUUGACAAAGGUGCAGAUCCAAAAUCAAUUGUUUGCGCCUUCUUCAAGAAUGGCCAGUGCACCAAAGGAGAUAAGUGCAAGUUCUCUCAUGAUUUGACCAUAGAGCGCAAGGCUGAAAAACGUUCCCUGUAUGUUGACAUGAGGGAUGAUGAUGAAGAAACUAUGGAGAACUGGGAUGAAGAGAAACUGAAAGAAGUUAUUGAAAAGAAACAUGGUGCUAAAGGAGGUAAAAUGCCCACAACUGAUAUUAUUUGCAAACAUUUCUUGGAUGCUGUUGAGAAAUCCAAGUAUGGUUGGUUUUGGCAGUGUCCUGCUGGUGAAAGCUGCAUCUACAGACAUGCAUUGCCACCUGGUUUUGUUCUGAAAAAGGAUAAAAAGAAGAUGGAAGAACAAAAGGAAAAGGUCACUCUGGAGGAUUUGAUUGAGAAAGAGAGAGCUGCACUUGGUCCAAAGCAAACAAAAGUUACAUUGGAAACAUUCAUUGCCUGGAAAAAACGGAAAAUCCAAGAGAAGAAAGAUGCUCUCAAGAAGGAGGAAGAUAAGAAGAGGAGUGAUUUCAAGGCUGGCAGACAAGUUGGAUUGUCUGGAAGGGAAAUGUUUAGCUUUAACCCAAGCAUGGCAACUGAAUAUGAUAUUGAAGAUGGUGAUGAAGCUAUUGAUUCAUCCAAAUACACUAAUGAAGAUGAAAAUGAACAGAAUAUUGUUUACAAGGAGAUUAAUCUUGAUAUACUUGGAAAUGAAGCUUCUGAAGUGGAUGGAAGUGGAACUGUUGCAAGUGAUGACAGGUUUAAGAAUGAACCAACAAGUUCAUCAACUGCAAAUGGAGAAGAGACUUCUGCAGUACCAAUAAAUGAGAACCUGUUCUUAGAUGAAGAUCUAGAUGCUUUGGAUGAUGAAUUGCAAGAUUUGGAGAUAGAGGAGUGAAUUAAUUAAAAGUAAAUUUGUAUGGCUCAGAUCAUGUUAAUACAACAGUUGGUUAUGUAUGUGUAAAUAAAUUAUUGAAUACAG